ACUUGUGAUAGUCAAAGAUAGUUUUUAUAAGGGGAAGAACAGGAAACGAUUUCGAGGAAAACCUCACCUGCGUGGCCGCGGCGACAAAUUUCCAGCGAUGUCAGCGGCGCCGGCUGCUAGCCCAUGGUUACGGCCGUCUCCAACUGUGCGGCUCCGCGAAACGGCCUCCUUGGCUUGUAGCAUCAGCUCCACCCCUACGCGGCUCUGCAUCGGACGACGCUGCUCGGAUAGAACUUUUGUAGGGAUUCAAACCGCAGGUUCCGACUUGAGAAGAUCCACGAUUGCCCAUGUUAAAAGUGGGGAGGCUGAUGGAUAUCCAAAAACUGAGGAUCUGGUGGAUGAAGAUACUCUGCUAUCAAAUUUAGACAGAGCAAUCAAGGAAGAAGAUUAUGCCCGUGCAGCGAAGAUCCGGGAUGAUCUGCGUAUCCUCCAUGAGGAUGCUAAAGCUUCGCUCCUAGCAGCAAAUGCACGGUUCUACAAUGCCUUCAAGAAUGGAGAUAUCGCUGCAAUGUAUUCUAUCUGGGCUAAGGGUGACCAUGUAUAUGUUAUACAUCCUGCUGCAGGUCGGAUAUCGGGUUAUGAUGUGGUCAUGCAAAGCUGGGAGAUGGUUUGCAAUGCAGAUUAUGAGUUUCCACUGAAUAUUGAUCUCAAGAAUAUAGAGGUUCACAUCCGUGGCAACCUUGGUUAUGUCACGUGCUUGGAAGUGGUAAAGACCAAAGGAAGAACUUGGGGAAAGCAAAUCGCCACCAACAUUUUCGAGAAGGUUGAUGGCACAUGGCUGAUGUGCGUGCACCAUGCUUCACACAUCGAAGAAUGAAAUGCGCGCGCACUUGGUGAGGAACGAAAUGCACACACACUUGGCAGCCUGGGAUGGAAAUUUUGUCAGGGAGACCACCAUGUACAAUUCUGAGAAAUUUUUGUAGCUUCUGUUUUCAAUGUGAAUUUUGUUGUCGAUGCCUUAUUUUUCAUAGCUACUAGCAUAUUUUGCCUGAUGCCCGGAAGGACCACGAUUGAGUUCACUGGCUGUUUUACAAUCAUCUAAUAUUCUGUCUACUUAAUCGUAGCCUUGUUGUGCUUUGUGAAUCAUGGAAUAAGGUUUGAUGAGAUGAGAACCGUCGUUAGAAGACGAGUUUUUAGUGACACUCUGCUGAAGUUUUUUA